AAAAGGAAAACAAACAAAUCAAGUAUUGGAAGUUUUUGUUUUUGAGUUUCUCGAGUUAUCAGGAAAGUGAAAUGGUGGUUGGGUGGGUUUUGUGUUAGUAUUUGCACGGCGAUGAUCGGAUGGAGGCAAUUAAAUGAAACCAGCUGGCAGCAAAUGGAAAUUGUGCUUCUCUGAUUAGUUUGAGCUUGAUCCAACUUGGAGGAUGAUGUGCUCCAGUUUUCUGCUCCUGCUGCUGCCAGCUAUAUACAUCCCAACACUGAUGUCCGACAGCUGGUCAUCGGAAACGGUUUUGAGCCACAAACUAGACCCGGAUCCGAAUCGGGAAAAGUUCAUCUGGAAUCCGUUUCCGGGCAACUGUGGUCUCAAUGCCAGCAUGGUGCGGUGUGCCGGAGUCUGCCCAGAAACCUGUCGCUUUAAGUCCCAGAAGUGUCCCCAGUAUUGUGGCGUCAAUUGCAAAUGUAAAAGUGGUUAUGUUUUCAGCGACAAUCUACUGAAAUGUAUUUUGCGACAAGACUGCCCCAGCCACAUACAGCAACAGGUUGUGGAAACGCACCGAGUCUUUCAGUAG